UCAUGUAACCAUUACAAUGCCUGCCUGCCUUGCACCUACGCAUGCUUACUGUUAACUACCUUCAUAAGAUGCCAAAAACUAUACUGCGCAAACAUCGGUAGGUAGGCUCAGGCAUACAGACAUGCCUGCCUAUGAUGCUAAAGAACAAGCCAACGAACAUCACUACUUGAAUGUAAAUAUUUGCAUAAAUUUUUGCUUUGACUUCUGCUUUCAAUUCAACUUUGAAGUUCUUGUUGAUACAAAAAUCUAUUUUUAGAAAUAUAUUCAGACAUUGGCCUAAAUUUAGAUUCCUAAAAAAAAGUUUCAGCCUGCAAAUGUGUAGUCGUUCCACAAAUUCUCCAAAAACUCCACCUCUUUGUCCUCUAAAACUGGAUGCCUAAAAUAACUUCACCGAUCGUUUUUAUUGUUAAAACUUCCGGUGCAUCGAUGAAAGUUGACGCACGUCUAACACCUCCAACUUCAGCCUGCUAUUAGGAAUUAGCGUCAUUGGUUGAUAGAAGAUCACAGUUUGCCGAUCCAUCACCACUUCUCUUAUCACAAUGCUCUCUAACCACCGCACGUGUCGGCGUGUCUGAUGUUCCUCUGAUCUAUCAUCAAGGCAUCUGAAUCAGAUAAAUAGCGGUCGACGAAGUCACGACUUCGCAAAGUUUUACACCAUCUUCUAUCAGUCCGAUUCUUCUGAAAACAAUAGAAUGCUGCGAUUCUUCACUCUCGUGGUUAUUUUCGUUAUUCCAUUCAUCCUUGCCGCACCUGAAAUCGAUUCCAAUUCAUCAUCUGGUUUGGAUGUUCUUUACAAGAAAUUGAUUAAAAAGCAAGAGAGCGUCAAAAACUCCCGUCUUAUCGAUUUUAUCAGUAAAGGUGCUCCAUCUGGAGUUGAUGCUCCAAUUCCAUCGAUCGCCGAAUACGAGACUUUCAAAUCUGAUAAAUCUGUAAACUUUUUGAGUGACGGAGCUGGACAUAUUGUUUUCCGUCAAUUCAGAAGAAUCCGAAUCUCUGAUUUGCUCGGCUCCCAAAUGAAAACCCGACCUGGACUUCGACUUUAAUUUUUCCUACUGAAAAUGCCACUUUUUCUAAUAAUUAUGUACAUGAUCAUCUUGUUUUUUAAUACUUGAAAACGGGUCAAUGACGAAAAAAACAAAUGAAAAGAAACCCCAAAUAUCUGACAAAUGCUAACAAAAUAUUGAUUGCAUAAAACUGACGAAAUGAAGAAUUCCUUCUUGU